CGGACCAAAAAAAAAAAAAAAAAAACCCAAAGCCGGAGCUGAAGCUGGAGCCGCCGCGACCGUUUCAAGUCCCCCCCGCGUGGAAAAUGUACCUGAUUUCUGUCCAAAGCUCCGGGAUGUAAAACUAAAGGGGGGGGGGGGUAGCUAUGGAGAUGGAGACCUCGGCAGGCUCCUUUCUUUGACAGGUGUGGAGUAGGGGAAAAAGUCUGAAAGAGAAACAAGCAGCAUGUACGCCAAGGGAGGAAAGGGCUCUGCCGUCCCCUCCGACAGCCAGGCUCGGGAAAAGUUGGCGCUCUAUGUAUAUGAGUAUCUGCUUCAUGUGGGAGCCCAGAAGUCAGCCCAGACCUUCCUGUCGGAGAUCCAGUGGGAGAAGAAUAUUACAUUGGGGGAACCUCCGGGGUUUCUGCACUCCUGGUGGUGUGUAUUCUGGGACCUGUACUGUGCGGCCCCUGACCGACGAGAGACGUGUGAGCACUCUAGCGAAGCCAAGGCUUUUCAUGACUAUAGUGCAGCCGCAGCGCCCAGCCCGGUGAUGGGUGGCAUGGCUCCCAGUGAUGGGAUGCCUAUGCCAGCUGGCUUCUUUCUGGGCCCUCCUGGUUCUCAGCCGUCUCCACAUGCCCAGCCCCCCCCCCACAAUCCCAACGCCCCCAUGAUGGGCCCUCACAGUCAGCUUCCUCGUUACCCAGGAGGCCCCCGGCCGUCCCUCCGAAUGCCAAACCAGCCACCUGUGGGAGUCCCGGGCUCCCAGCCGCUGCUGCCCAAUGCCAUGGACCCAUCCACGCGGGCUCAGGGCCAUCCGAGCAUGGGGGGCCCAAUGCAGAGGAUGAAUCCUCCCAGAGGAAUGGCGGGGAUGGGGCCUCAGAAUUACAGCAGCGGGAUGAGGCCCCCACCCAAUGCCCUGGCUGGGCCCGGCAUGCCAGGGAUGAACAUGGGUCCAGGAGGACGGGGGCCAUGGCCUAACCCCAGCACCAACUCAAUAGCAUACUCCUCCUCCUCCCCGAGCAACUAUGUGGGUCCCCCAGGAGGAGGUGGCCCCCCUGGGACUCCCAUCAUGCCUAGUCCUGGAGACUCAACCAAUUCCAGUGAGAGCAUGUACACCAUGAUGAACCCCAUUGGGCCAGGCAGCAACAGGCCUAACUUCCCAAUGGGCCCCGGGCCUGAGGGCCCCAUGACAGCAAUGGGGGCAAUGGAGCCACACCACAUGAACGGCUCUUUAGGCUCAGGUGACAUGGAUGGGUUGUCCAAGAACUCUCCGAACAACAUGGCCGGCAUGAGCAACCCCCCAGGCACCCCACGGGACGACGGCGAGAUGGGCGGGACCUUCCUCAUCCCUUCCAGAGCGAAAGCUACUCCCCCAGCUUGACCAUGAGUGUGUGAUGAGGACAGCACUCCCCUCAGCCCUGGCCCCCUUGUAAACUUGUGUAUUUAAGGACCGGAUACCCUCUUUUCCCUCUCCUCUCCCCAGCCCUCUCAGACCUUGCCCAUGGGCACCCACUGGGGUGUUGACAUCUGGGCAUCUGGGGCUGGCUCCUCCAUCACCCCAACCUUGUGGCCUUCUGGACAAGCUGGGGUUGGGGGGGGCGCUCCUGAACUCUGCCUGGGGUGGGGCAAUGAGCUGCUCCUCCCUGAGGUCAACCCCAGUUGGUCUUCUGGGCCUGAGGAAGGGGCAAG